AUGAACAAGACCAAGAGAAAGCCCAACGUGGAGGGCUCUGCUGAGCUGAAAAGCAGGAAACAACAGAGAAGGCGAAACACAUGUCCCAGUCCUCAAGACAUCAACCGGGCCCUUCGCAGCCCCAGUCCUGCCCCCAGCAUCAGCGCAGUCAGCCUGGACGAGCUCAUACAGCGCUGCCUCAACAGCUUUGGGGUAGUGGGUGGUCUUGAGGGUGUGAGGGGGGGUGGGGGUGGGAACUUCGUUCAUAGAAGAGUUACAGGGGUGGGGCGGCUCCGAUGUCUGUGUCUGCCUGGCCACGCCCCAUCCAACUACAUCAACUACCGCAGAGUUUAUAACGAGUGCAGUGGGUUUAAAGUGCCCAUCCUGGGUGUUCACCUCAAAGAUCUGAUUUCUCUGAACGAGGCUUUGCCGGAUUACAUCGAAAACGACAAGAUCAACCUCAGCAAGCUCCAGCACUUGUACAGCAACAUCAACGACCUGCUGCUGAUCCACAGCUGCACACCGCCCUUUGAGGCCAACAAGGACCUGCUGCAUCUGCUCACACUAUCACUGGACUUGUACUAUACAGAAGAUGAAAUAUAUGAACUUUCUUACACCAAGGAACCCAAGAACCCCAAAAUCCAGCCUGUUGUUCCCGUCAAGCCUCCAGUUGUUGGGGAGUGGGGAUCAGGGGUGACUCCCAGGCUCGACCCCGACACUAUAUCUAAACACGUCAAACAAAUGGUGGACUCUGUAAUGAAGAACUACGACCAGAACCAAGACGGCUACAUAUCACUGGAGGACUUUGAGAAAAUAGCUGCAAAUUUCCCCUUCUACUUUCGUACACAUGAAACUGACAGAUUGGGAGAAAUCAGCCGUGAUGAAAUAACUUCUUACUUCAUGAGGGGAAUGUCUGUAUGUGCAAAGCUCGGGUAUAAUUUCAACGAGACGCACAAUUUUCACGAAACUACGUACAAACGGCCAACAUUUUGUGACCAAUGUGGAGGUUUUCUGUGGGGUGUCAUUAAACAGGGAUUUCAUUGUAAAGAAUGUGGGAUUAAUUGUCAUAAACACUGUAGAGACACUGUGGUAGGCAAGUGCUUGAAGAAAGACAAAAAUACAUCUGGUUCAUGUCCAUGCACCCCAGGUUCAGACUCCAAAACCAAGGGCAACAGUUGUGUUUCGGAGGAGGACACGUUUGUCUUCCCCCAAUGCAAUGACGUCUGCAAAAACAGUAAAGAGUUCAGGUUACUGGACCGCUCUACUCAGACCGACCCAGGAGUGUGGACACCAGACAAAAAGGACAAGCGGACGCACAUUCCGCAUCGCUCUAUACAUGGUUCCCCAGACAGAAAGGUCCACACUUUGACGCAAAGAAAUCGUGGUGGGUCUGAGCCAGUCUGCUUCUUGCAAGAGAAGAUGGGAGAAUUACAUCUUAAUAAAGACAAAAGCCGGGAGCCAGAUUAA